AUGAAGUUUAGUUCGGAUCCAAAAGCACCAAACUUGGGCGCGCAUGAGACGUCGGUUUGCUGCUUGAAAACCGCGUAUUCUAUUGCAUCUAAACACCAAUUACUAUUCUGGGAAAAUUACCGGACGAUCCGACAACUUAUUGGCGCUAUACUUGAGCGUCAGGAUCUACCCGAAGAUCAUGUUUUACAAUAA